GGACUACAUUUCCCAGGAGGUAUCGCGACACGCUCCUCCUCGACCUCCCAUGAGUCUCUGGGCUCAGAACUCAGCCUCCGCCUCUGGGGGCGGGGUAACGCCGGACUCCGGGCGUGCUGGAUUACGCACUUCCUCCUGGGGUUCGGAGGCUGAACCCUUGUGUGGCGGGUUCGAGUCCCGCCCCCUGACUCUCGGCUCUAGCCCCUGAGUCUGGGGAGGGGUGCAUUCGGCCGGGUUACCUCUCCUCGCCGAGGGGCGGCGGCACACCUCGGGCUUCACUAUGGAGGACUACCUGCAGGAUUGUCGAGCCGCUCUGCAGGAGUCCAGGCCUCUGCAUGUUGUGCUGGGAAAUGAAGCUUGUGACUUAGACUCCAUGGUGUCUGCUCUUGCCCUGGCUUUUUACCUAACAAAGACAGCGGAAGCAGGAGAAAUCUUUAUUCCAGUUUUAAACAUAAAUCGUUCUGAGCUUCCUCUACGAGGGGACAAUGUCUUCUUCCUCCAGAAGGUCCGUAUUCCAGAGGCUGUGCUGAUUUUCCGGGAUGAGAUCGACCUCCAUGCAUUGCACCAGGCUGGCCAGCUCACCCUUGUCCUUGUUGACCAUCACGUCUUACCCAGAACUGAUGCUGCUCUGGAGGAGGCAGUAGCAGAGGUGCUGGACCAUCGGCCAGUUGAGCAGAAAUACUGUCCUCCCUGUCAUGUUUCAGUUGAGCUGGUGGGGUCCUGUGCUACCCUGGUGGCAGAGAGAAUCCUGCAGGGGGCGCCAGAGAUCUUGGACAGACAAAUUGCCUCCCUACUGCAUGGCACCAUCAUCUUGGACUGUGUCAACAUGGAUGCCAAAAUUGGAAAGGCAACCCUAAAGGACAGCAAGUAUGUAGAGAAGCUGGAGGCCCUCUUCCCAGAUCUUCCUCGGAGAGAGGACAUCUUUGAUUCUCUGCAAAAGGCAAAGUUUGACGUCUCAGGCCUGACCACUGAGCAGAUGCUCAGAAAGGACCAGAAGGCCAUCUACAGACAAGGCACCAAGGUGGCCAUCAGUGCGAUCUACAUGGAUUUGGAGGCCUUUCUGCAGCGACUGGACCUCCUGGAAGAUCUCAGUGCUUUCUGCCAUGAGCACAGCUAUGAUGCCCUGGUUGCAAUGACUAUCUUUUUCAACACUCACAAUGAACCAGUACGGCAAUUAGCUAUUUUCUGCCCCCACUCGGCACUUCGAAUGACAAUCUGUGGGGUCCUGGAACAGUCCACCUCCCCACCCCUGAAGCUGACCCCUAUUCCAAGCAUCUCUCCUGACCUCCAAGCCUAUCUUCAAGGCAACACCCAGGUCUCUCGGAAGAAACUUCUGCCUGUGCUCCAGGAAGCCCUGUCAGCAUAUUUUGGCUCAACAAAGAUGCCUUCAGGGCAGCCUGGGGUAGUGGGUGUGUCCAGGGAGCAGGUGGACAAGGAAUUGGACAGGGCAGGUAACUCCCUGAUUUCCGGACUGAGUCAAGAUGAAGAGGACCCUCCGCUGCCCCCCACGCCCAUGAACAGCUUGGUGGAUGAGUGCCCUCUGGAUCAGGGGCUACCUAAGCUUUCAGCCGAGGCUGUCUUUGAGAAGUGCAGUCAGAUCUCACUGUCCCAGGCUGCCGGAGCCUGCCCAUCAAAUAAGUGACCGUGGGGUGGGAGUGUGGAGGGGGUGAGCGCCCGCCUCAGGUGCAUGUUGUGAGAUGUUGACCACUUCAGCUACCCUGUCUAUUGCUCCAGGGUCUGGUACACUGUUCUCAUAAAACUGGGAGGAAAGAAAGCAGCUGCUGUAAGAAUGGCUUUCUGCCUCUCCUAUCCGGUCUCUACCAGUCAGACGAGUUUUAUUUAAUGCACUGAUUUUCCUUACUCUGUUUGCCAUGGGUACGGUGUGAUGUCACUGUCCUCAGGACUGAAGGAAUGUUGGCCACAUCUACGUGUCUUCCGAAGACUGUGAGCAGAGCCAGUAUCUGUCAUGAAACCAAUUAACUACUUGUCUCCAUGAAUUCACCAUUUCAUUUUUUAAAAGUUCUUUUUGAGACAGAGACCCAUGUAGCCCAGGCUAGCCUGUAUGUGUCUUAGGCUAGCCCUCAACUCCUAAUCUUCCUGAGUGAUGAAAGUAUAGUCAUGUAUUAGCAUGUCUGGCUAACCUCUUGUCUUGAACACAGGACUGGAUUUCCUAUUUCUUUGGCUCCUUCUGUCCUAAAGUCACAGGAAGACUGAAGAGACCCUGAGGAUCUGAGGUUCUUGGGUUCAAGCAGCACCCAGAACAGCUGUAGUACCUCAUAGCAUUUUUUGCCCGAGGGCAGAACUUGAUUGGGCCAUGGACAUCCCCUGCCUCAGUGGGUCUGGCAGGUUCUUGUCUUUACUGGUUUUGCUCAUGCUAAAGAAAGCAUAAUGUCUUCUGGUGAGCCGUUUCAAUGUUCUAGGUCUCAUUUCCCAUGUGUAAAUGAGCGUUAGGAGUAGAUGUUCCCUGGUAUUCUGUGACCUGCCUCUUCCUGUCAUCCUUUCUCUCCUCUGCUUCUUUGUAUCUUUCCUUUGGUCUUCCCUGGGAGUGCUCAGGGUCACUGGAUUGUGUGUGUUUAUGUGUGAUUGUACCAAGGGACUUAGCCUCAUGUAGCAUGUACAGGGAUAUACAGUGACCCAGCAGCGAGCGCUUUCCCAGUGACUUGUCUGCAUGUGUAGUCUCUCCCUUUCCCCGUUCUUACCCCAUAUAAGCUGGAAACAUUAUCGACAGACUGUAGGGUGUGUGGUGGUUUGGGCAGUCUGACUUCACUUUAGGGUAGCUGUUGGGAAAGUGAAAUUUGGUGCCAUCACUGAACCAAAGGGAUUGUGUCCUGUAACUUUGGUACUUGGUUUUGCAUUUUUGUUUUGUAUUAAAUACUUUAUUCCUGUUUGA